UGCGCCCCGGCCGCGCUGCUGCUGCUGCUGCCGCUGCUGCCCGCGCCCGCCGGCGGCCACAGCCUGCACCCGCCCUACUUCAACCUGGCCGAGAGCACCCGCAUCGCCGCCACCGCCACCUGCGGCGAGGACGGCGGCGCCCUGGAGGACCUGUACUGCAAGCUGGUGGGCGGGCCCGUGGCGGGGGGCGACCCGCACCACACCAUCCAGGGACAAUACUGUGACAUCUGCUCCUCUGCAAACAGCAACAAGGCCCAUCCCAUCAGCAACGCCAUCGACGGCACGGAGCGCUGGUGGCAGAGUCCUCCGCUUUCCCGGGGGCUGGAGUUCAAUGAGGUUAACGUCACCUUGGAUCUCGGACAGCUGUUCCACGUCGCAUACGUCCUCAUCAAGUUUGCCAACUCCCCUCGACCAGAUCUUUGGGUGCUGGAGCGCUCUACUGACUUCGGCCUCACCUAUGAGCCCUGGCAGUACUUUGCCUCAUCCAGGAGGGAUUGCGUUGAGAAGUUUGGCCCCAGGACCGUGGAGCGCAUCACCAAGGACGACGAUGCCAUCUGCACCACGGAGUACUCACGGAUUGUGCCUUUGGAGAAUGGAGAGAUCGUUGUGUCUCUGGUCAAUGGGCGCCCAGGGGCCAUGAAUUUCACCUACUCCCCUCUCCUGCGCAAUUUCACCAAAGCCACCAACAUCAGGCUGCGCUUCCUGAGGACCAACACUCUGCUCGGGCAUCUGAUGGGCAAAGCCCUACGGGACCCCACGGUGACCAGGAGGUAUUACUACAGCAUCAAGGACAUCAGCAUUGGAGGGCGCUGCGUCUGCCACGGUCACGCAGAUGUCUGUGACGCCAGGGACCCCAAUGACCCUUACCGGCUGCAGUGCGACUGCCAGCACAACACCUGUGGCGGGUCGUGCGAUCGCUGCUGCCCAGGCUUCAACCAGGUUCCCUGGAAACCGGCCACCAGCGACAGCGCGAACGAAUGCCAACCUUGCAAUUGCAAUGGUCACGCCUAUGAUUGCUACUAUGAUCCAGAGGUUGAUCACCACAAGGCUAGCAAAAGUCACGAGGACAUGUAUGAAGGGGGCGGUGUCUGCAUUGAUUGUCAGCAUCACACGACAGGCAUCAACUGUGAGAGGUGCAUCUCAGGGUACUACAAAUCCCCCGACCAUCCCAUUGACUCGCCGUACAUCUGCUAUCGUUGUAACUGUGACUCAGAGUUCACAGACGGCACUUGCGAGGACCUCACGGGGCGCUGUUACUGCAAGCCGAAUUACACCGGGGAGCGGUGCGACGCCUGUGCCGAGGGAUACAUAGACUUCCCCCACUGCUAUCCCGUUCCAGCUUUCUCCCACAACGACACUGGGGAACAGGUGCUUCCAGCCGGACAGAUUAUAAGCUGCGAUUGCUACGCUGCUGGCACAGAAGGGAACGCCUGUCGCAAGGACUCGCGCACAGGCAUGUGUGUGUGCAAGCCCAACUUCCAGGGAGCUCACUGCGACCAGUGCGCACCGGGACACUAUGGACCCAGCUGCCAGCCCUGCCAGUGCUCAGGUCCUGGCCAGUACGAAGGCACCUGCGACAGCGAGACUGGUCAGUGCUUGUGCCGCGUUGGAUUCGAAGGGCAGUCGUGUAACCAGUGUGCACCCAGCUACUUCAGCUACCCUCUUUGCCAACUGUGCAGUUGCAGCGCUGUUGGGACCUUGCCGGGAGGCUGCGACUCAGUCGGGAGGUGUUUCUGUAAGCCCGAGUUUGAUGGGCCCCACUGUGACCAGUGCAGCACGGGAUACCAUUCCUAUCCCCAUUGCCACGCUUGCUCCUGUGACCCCCGGGGCUCAGUAGAUAAUAACUGCAGCCCAGCUGGUCAGUGCCGGUGCCAUCUUAACUUUGCCGGGCACACCUGCAGCCAGUGUGCACCAGGCUUCUACGGGUACCCCAGCUGCACACCCUGCCAGUGCUCUGCGGAGGGCUCCCUCCAUGGCACCUGUGAUCAGGAGAUGGGGCAGUGUAGCUGUCGCCCCAAAGUGACGGGACUACGCUGUGAUGCCUGCGUGCCAGGGGCAUAUGGAUUCCCAUACUGUGAAGUGGGCUCCUGCAACCCGGCGGGGCUAGAGAACACAGACCCAUCCCUGCCUCCGGGUUCCUGUGCCUGUCGGGCAUACGUCGAGGGCCCAGCGUGUGACAGGUGCAAGCCGCUGUACUGGAACCUGACUCCAGAGAACCCCUAUGGAUGCAUGAGCUGCCAGUGCAACACCAAAGGCACCAUCAGUGGAGUUGCUGAGUGCCAGCAAGGCAGCGGGCAGUGCUUCUGCAAACCCAACAUCUGCGGCCAGCUCUGCUCAGCAUGUAAAGAGGGCUACUUCAAACUGAACAGAGCAAGUUACUUUGGCUGUCAAGGCUGCCAGUGCGACGUAGGUGGCUCGGUCGGGCCGUCCUGCGAGAGGACCGGAGCCUGUCACUGCCGACCAAAUACGCGGGGCCCGACAUGCACCCAACCUGCAAAGGACCAUUAUUUCCCUGACCUUCACCACCUGAAACUCGAGCUGGAGGAAGGCACCACGCCGGAUGGCCGGGCUGUUCGCUUCGGCUACAACCCCCUGGAGUUUGAGAACUUCAGCUGGAGAGGAUACGCGCAGAUGUCUCCCAUCCAGCCCCAGGUAGUGGUGACUGUCAAUGUGACCUCCCCCGACCUGUUCCACAUCGUCUUCCGCUACGUCAACCGGGGGCCUGCAAAUGUGAAAGGGAGGGUCUCGGUCCUUGAGGAAGGAAAGUUUAAUAUUUGUGGCAACUGUACGGAGCAGACCAAGCAGAUCGUCUUCGCCCCCAGCACAGAUCCGGCCUUUGUCACUGUCCCUCAGAACAGCUUUGGAGAGCCCUUUGUGCUGAACCCCAGCGUGUGGUCUCUGAUGGUCGAAGCGGAGGGCAUACUCCUGGACUACCUGGUUUUGCUGCCCAGCUCAUACUAUGAGGCUCCCAUACUGCAGCUAAAGGUCACGGAGGCUUGUACCUACCGCCCAAGUCCUGAGCAAGCCAGUCGGAACUGCCUCUUGUACAAGUACCUGUCUGUGGAUGGCUUCCCCUCUGCGUCGGGAGGAGAUGCGGUGUGCAGGAUAGACAACAACCUCCCCAGACCCUGCCCGGUGGAGCUCAUCACCCCAUCGCAUCCCCACAUGGUGCUGUGCAGUGGCAGUGACGUGGAGGUGCAGCUGCGGCUCCCGGUUCCCCAGCCGGGGAAGUACGUGGUGCUGGUGGAGUAUGCCAACACGGAUGGGCAGCAGACAGCCGGCGUGGCUGUGACCUCACCGCAGCAAGCCCCCCAGCAAGGAACCUCCACUUUCUACACCUGCGACUACAGUUUCCUUUGCCGAGGGAUGGUCGUGGACUCUGAGAAUCGCUUGGCAACUUUCGAACUAAGCAGAGAGGCGACCGUUCGAUUCACCGCGGAUCAAGCCCACGUCUUCCUGCAUAAAGUGUACCUGAUCCCUCACAGACGCUUCACCAUGGAGUUUGUGGAGCCGAAGGUCCACUGCAUCAGCCUUCAUGGGACCUUCUCGCCCAAUAGUAGUUCCUGUGUCCCAUCGAGGUUUCCGAAGCUCUCCCAGUCCAUUGUCCUAGAGGGAGGCCAGCCUGUGCACAUCCCCCUAGACCUUCCCUUGACUCACGCCUUCUCGGUUACUCCCGCCGGCCCCACAACGGAGCCUCCGCCUCGGCCGCCCACCGCCGUGGACUCGACGGCAGCGCUGCUCCUCCUGCAGCCUCCCCAGACUGCCGUGGUGUUCAACACCCGGAUCCAGACGCUGGGCCGCUACGCGUUCAUCCUUCACUGCUACCAGCCCAACCACCCCACCUUCCCCGUGGAAGUGCUGAUCAACGGCGGGCGGAUUUGGCAAGGUCAGGCCAAUGCUACUUUCUGCCCACAUGCGUAUGGAUGCCGGAGCCUGGUGGUUGCAGAGAACCACAUUGUUCUGGACGUGACGGACAAUGAUCUGAGCGUGAUCAUCCGCGUGCCGGAGAAUCGGCAGCUGUGGCUGGACUACAUCCUGGUGGUGCCCGAAGACGGCUACAGCUCGCAGUACCUGCAGGAGGAGCCCCUGGACAAGUCCUAUGAUUUUAUCAGCACUUGUGGAGUCAACGGUUUUUAUAUCAAUCCCGCCACAUCGCCCAGGUUCUGCAGGGACUCAGCCAUCUCCCUCUCCCUCUUCUACAACAACGGUGCUCAGCCCUGCCGCUGCCACGAGGUGGGAGCCAUCAGCCGCCAGUGCGAGCCCUUCGGGGGUCAGUGCACUUGCAGAUCCAACGUCAUCGGGCGAGAGUGCUCCCGCUGCGCCACUGGCUACUGGGGCUUCCCCAACUGCAGGCCCUGUGACUGUGGGCUCCGCCUAUGCAACGAAGUGACCGGGCAGUGCAUCUGCCCCCCCCACACCAUAAAGCCAGAAUGCGUGGUCUGCGAGCCCCAGACCUUCGGCUGCCACCCCCUUGUUGGCUGCGAGGACUGCAAUUGCUCUCGCCCUGGGGUUCAAGAGCUGACAGAGCCAGGCUGCGACGUGGACAGUGGCCAGUGCAGGUGCAAACCCAAUGUAAUAGGGCGGCAGUGCAACCUCUGCGCCCCUGGCUACUACCACUUCCCAGACUGCAGGAGCUGCAGUUGUCACCCAGCAGGGACGGAGGCCAGCAUGUGCGAUCCAGUCACUGGGCAGUGCCACUGCAAGGAAAACGUGGAAGGCCCAAGGUGUGACCAGUGCCGCUUGGGGACCUUCUUGCUGGAUGCAGACAACCCCAAGGGAUGCACCAAGUGUUUCUGCUUCGGGGCGACUGAUCGCUGCCACAGUGCUGAGAAAUACCGAGUAGAGUUCUCUGACAUGAACGGCUGGCGUCUGCUCAGCAGCGACCGCCAAGAAGUGGGCACCUCUCUGAGAUCAGAAGAAGACCUGGUACACGCCGAUCUCAAGUACCUUCUUGAGGUCUACCAGGAGCUCUACUGGCAGGCACCCAGCUCCUACCUUGGGGACCGGGUCUCCUCCUAUGGAGGGCACCUGCGUUACGAGCUCCAUUCAGAUGCCAGACGGGGUGACGUGUUCAUUCCCAUGGAGUCCCGCCCGGAUGUCAUCCUGAAGGGAAACCAAAUGAGCAUUAUGUUUCGGGAAGACUCUUACCCACCCCCUGGAGAUGUGCACAGAAGGCAGCUGCAGCUGGUAGAGGGUAACUUCAGACACACAGAGACACACAACCCAGUGUCCAGGGAGGAGCUCAUGAUGGUGCUGGCCAGUCUAGAGCAGCUCCAGAUCCGAGCACUCUUCUCCCAAAUCUCCUCGUCCAUCUUCCUGCAGCGGGUCAUCUUGGAGACUGUCACGGACUCUGCUGUGGGCAUUCGAGCCAGCAACGUGGAGCUGUGCUUGUGUCCGGCCAAUUACAGGGGAGAUUCCUGCCAGGAAUGUGCUCCAGGCUAUUACCGGGACACCAAGGGUCUCUUCUUGGGGAAAUGCGUUCCAUGCCAUUGCAAUGGCCACUCCGAUCAGUGUCUCCCAGGGUCUGGGAUCUGCAUCAACUGCCAGCACAACACGGAGGGCAACCGCUGCGAGCGGUGCAAGGAUGGCUACGUGGACAGCUACUCCCCAGAGGGGCUGCUGCAGUGCGUGGGGUGCCCGUGUCCUCUCUCAGUGGCUUCCAACAAUUUUGCCGUUGGGUGCAUCCGCAAGGGCUCCACCAUGCAGUGCCUGUGCAAGACCGGCUACACUGGAGCCAUGUGCGAACGAUGUGCCCCGGGUUACUAUGGCAAUCCCCUGGUGAUCGGCAGCUUCUGCCAGCCCUGCGAUUGCAGCGGGAACACGGACCCCAACAUGCUGUUCAGCGACUGCGACCCGCUGACCGGCGCCUGCUCCGGCUGCAUGCACCACACAGCGGGGCCACGCUGCGAGCUGUGCGCCCCGGGCUACCACGGCGAUGCGGUGGGGGCCAAGAACUGCACAUUGUGCAACUGUUCGCCUUGCGGGACCGAGUCGUGCGACCCCCGAACGGGCCGGUGCCUCUGUAAAGCGGGAGUGACAGGUCAGCACUGCGACCACUGUCAGGAGGGGUACUAUGGCUACGACAGCUGCUCGGGCUGCCGGAGAUGCGACUGCGACGUCGGGUCCCUGGGAGCGAGCUGCCACACGCAGACCGGUCAGUGCAGCUGCCAGCCCGGGGUCAACGGGGCCCGUUGCCACCAAUGCGCACCUGGUUACUGGGGCCUGGGCGAGAAUGGCUGCACAAAGUGUCAGUGCAAAGGGGGGGCCUGCGACCCCCGGACGGGGGAGUGCACGUGCCCGAGCGGCCUGACAGGGAAGCAGUGCGACACCUGCAUACAGCAGUACGAAAUCCCUGUAGCCAGCGACCCAGACAGCGUGCAGUGUGAAGUCUGCGACACCUGCGUGCUUCUCCUUCUGGAAGACCUCCACAAGAUCGAGGCCUCCUUCCCCACCAUCAGGAAUCAGCUGAUUAACCUGAACGCCAGCUCCAUCGCUUGGGCCCGGCUGCACGGGCUGAGGAACACCAUGGAGACCCUCGCGAACCACCUGCGCGAGCACCAGAGAUCCCAGAGCGGGGUCCGACAACGGGCCGAGGAGCUGGGGGAAGAGAACGGGGACCUCACUCAGGACCUGAACGCGCUACAGCACAAGGUGACCAUGACGCACAGGGAAGCAAACUUUCUGGACGAGCGCACAAAAAACACCUACCAGCGAGUGGAGCAGCUCUUGGUGAAUAUUCAAAGCAUUCAAAACAGCAUUCAGGAGCUGGGGCACCAGAUGGACAUGUUUGGGACGGGCAACGUCAGCGCCACGUCUGCAGAGGAGUUCCGGCAGAAGAUGGCCGAGGUGGAGAGGAUGUUGAAGGAGAUGAGGGAGCGGGAUUUCAGCAGCCAGCGAGGGCUGGCAGAGAACGAGCAGGAGGAGGCACGGAAAUUGCUGCAUCGUGUGAAGAACGAGUUGCAUAGCAAAUGGGAGGCCAAUCAAGCCCUGGUGAACAACAUCAGAGACCGACUGGCUCAGUACAGCUCCGAGCUCAUGGAUCUCCGGGACGCUCUCAAUGAGGCCGUGAAUAAAACGAGGCAGGCGGAGGACUUGAACAGCCUGAAUCGGAACAACAUGGAGGAGAACCAGCGAAAGAAAAAGGAGCUGCAGAAGCAGCUCGGGCUGGUUCAGGACACUCUGCGCAUGGCCGAGGACUCUCUGGCCCAGGUCUCAGACCUCCUGCAGAUGAUUGAGCGUGCCAAGGAGGAUUAUGAGAAGCUGGCGGCCCUGCUGGACGGCGCCAAGCAUCCCCUGACCGAGCGGGUGAAGAAGUUUUCUCCUGCCAGCAGCAAGAUCCCAGUGGUCGAGGCCGCCGAGGAACAUGCCCGGGUCUUGGAUGAGCUGGCCCGCAAUCUGUCCAGCAUCAUCCAGAGCACAAACCAGGAUGGGUUUAUCCAGCGGGCGAUCGAUGCUUCCAAUGCAUAUGCCAGCAUCAUCGAGGCUGUAAAGAAAGCGGAGACAGCAGCUGCAGACGCCGCCAGUGCUGCCAGUGAGGCUCUCAUGGGUGUUGUGUCGGGCAAUCUUGCUGCCAUAGCAAAAGAGCUGAAGAGGAAUAGCAGCGCCCUCGAGGAAGCUGUGAGGCAGGAGCAGAGGAAGCUCAGUGGACCUAUUAAAGGGACGCUGCAGGCUGCCAGGGAGAAGGUGACCAACCUGCGAGCGCGGAAGGACCAGCUCCUGACCCGGCUGCGAGCUGUACAGGACGUGCUGAAGGUGGACCAAGAUGGCACACAGGAGACUAUCCAGAACGCCAAGGAUGUGGCGGCAAAAGCCAACGAGACAGCAGCCCGGGUGCAGGACACCCUGAACAGCAUGAAGAAGAACCUGGAUGAGUGGAAGGACCAGUACGGAGACCUCAGGAACGAGGACUUGCACCGGGCAGUGCAGGAUGCCAAGAAGUCGGUGUCGAGCUUGGAGAGCACCAUCCCGCUGCUGCUGGGCAAGCUGAGCAACCUGGAGAACCGGAGGAACAAGAACGCCACCGUGUCCGAGAACAUCAUGCGGAUCCGCCAGCUCAUCACGCAGGCCAGGAACGCUGCCAGCAAGGUGAAGGUGCCAAUGAAGUUCAACGGGCGGUCGGGCGUGCAGGUCCGAUCUCCGAGUGACUUGCCGGACCUGGCAGCCUACACCUCGCUCAAGUUCUACAUCCAAAACCCGGAGCCCAGCAGCGCCAGCGCCCGGGCACGGCGCCAGGGUGGGCCCGACGCGGGGCGCUUCGUGCUGUACUUGGGCAGCAAGGAGGGCUCUGGAGACUACAUGGGUGUCGUGCUCAAAGACCGCAAGGUGCAGUGGGUCUAUCGGCUCGGAGACGAAGAGCCCACCUUCCUGACCAUCGACGAGGAGAUCGGAGAGCAGUUUGCCAUUGUCAGCAUCAACAGGAUCCUGCAGUACGGACACAUGUCGGUGACCAUGGAGAAGCAAACCCUCCACGAGACGAAAGGCGACAGCGUGGCCAAGGGGGAGCAGGGGCUGUUCAACUUCGAUCUGCACAGCGUGGUCUUCUACGUGGGUGGCUACCCCUCCAGCUUCACGCCGCCGGCCACGCUGCACUACCCUGGCUACCAGGGCUGCAUCGAGCUGGACACACUGAAUGAGGAGGUGGUGAGUCUCUACAACUUCCACCACACCUUCCACCUGGACACGGCCACCGAGAAGCCCUGCGCAAGGUCCAAAUCCACGGGCGACCCCUGGCUGACCGACGGCUCCUACUUCGACGGCACUGGCUACGCCGAAAUCAGAUUUGAGAGCCAGAUCGGCUCCACCAAGCGCUUUGAGCAAGAAAUGCGCGUUGUCUCCUACAACGGGAUCCUCUUCUUCCUGGAGCACGAGGGCCAGUUCCUGUGUCUGGCGGUGCAGGAUGGAAAGCUGGUGCUUUACUACGACUUCAGCGAUGGCCUGAAGGUGGCCAAGUCCAGCAACGACCCUGCGUUGCUCACCGUCAGCAGCACCACCAACAAAGCGGUCCAGAUCUUCCUGCUCAAAAUGGACAACAAGAAGCGCAUUCUGGUGCGUCUGGAGCGAUUGACCAUCUUCAUCGUGGAGCACGAGAACUCCCUGGAGAACGCCGUCUCCUACUUCCUGGGCGGCGUGCCCAUGUCAGCGCUGCCCGAGAGCUUGAAGGCCAUCUUCCCCAAGGGCGGCUCCAUCCGGGGCUGCAUGAAGGGCUUGAAGGCUCUCGGGAAAUACGUCGACCUGAAGCGCAUGACGACGACCGGCGUGAGCUACGGGUGCACCUCAGACCUCCUGGUGGCGCGCUCGGUGAAGCUCCACGGCCACGGGUACCUGACGCUGUCUCUGAAGAACGUGCCUCCGCUGCAAGACUUCUACACGGGCUUCAGCUUCCGCACGAGCCAGAGCGACGGGCUGCUGUACUACCACGCCACCGCGGAAGGAAAGUGCCAGGUAUCCCUGAAGAGCGGCCAGCUCGCCCUGGAGGUGCUGAAGACGGCGCUCACCACCCAAAACACCUACGCGGAUGACAGGAGCCACUACAUCGCCGUCUACAGUGAUGCCAGUGGGGUCCGGCUGUACGUGGACGACGAGCUUCAGGAGGCUGCGCAGGCAGCCGAGGGCGCCAGCAGGCAGGGGCUCCAGGAGGAGCAGCUGCGCUUCCAGCUGGGCGGUUUGCCGGAGACCGGCGCCCUGAGCAACCUGACGGGCUGCAUCAGGAACGUCUUUGUGAGGCGGAAGUCGGACCCGCAGAUGGUCGUGGACCUGCAGCAGAACGUGGAGAGCUUCAACGUGACCAUGAGCUGCCCCCGGGACCAGCAGCCCCAGCAGAUGCGAGUGUCUCCCAAGAAGGACCGGCGGAAACUGAAGGGGCCAAGCAGGCCAAGCAGGCUGGCGCUGAAAGGCCGCCGGCAAUCCCAGGAGAUGACUUGCCUGUUACCCCGGCACCCCCGGGCAGUUAGAGGGGCCUUCCAGUUUGGAGGCUCCUCCACGAGCCGUCUCGAAUUCGACGAUAUCCCUGAAUCCUUCCAAGAAAAGUCCUACUUCUCUGUGGAAGUGCGGCUCAAUGCCACCAGCGGGCUGCUGUUCUACGUGGCCGGCGAGCAGCCGGGCUCCUUCAUGGCCGUCCUCAUCUCCAACGGGCGCUUCGUGCUCCUGGCAGACCUCGGCGGGAACAAGCUGAGAAUCCAGAGCAAGGACAAGUACCACAAGAGCAGGUGGCACACGGUCUUCUUCAGCAGAGACGGGCGCCGAGCUCAGCUGGUCAUCGAUGGGCUGAAGGCCCAAGAUGCCACGAUGGCCACGGCUGGUCGGUUCCUGGCCCGAGGCCCCUUCUACAUGGGGGGAGUCCCUCCAGGGACAGCCAAGGCUCAUGUCUGGGACACACCCAUCACCAGCUUCAGUGGCUGCCUGAGGAACCUGAAGCUGGACGGGCACCCGCUGCCGUCCCCGUCUCGCACCUUCGGCGUCACCCGCUGCUACGAGGGGGCUCUGGAGAGCGGCGUCUACUUUGCUGCAGAGGGUGGACAUGUGACUCUAGCCAAUGCAGUGACACUCGAGCGGGACAUGUCCCUAAAACUGGAGGUACGUCCACGCAGCGCCGCUGGCCUCAUCUUCCACAUUGGCAGGACAAGGUCAUACCUCUCCCUGUCCAUGGAUGACAAGAAGGUCCUGCUGAAAGCAAACAAUGGGGCAGGGGAGUUCUCCACGUGGGUGGCCCACCCGCCAUUGUGCGAUGGCCAGUGGCACACCAUCACAGUCACCAAACAGAAAAACAGGAUCCAGGUGGCGGUGGACAGAGUUGGGAACACCACAGUGGGACCCAAGCAGACCCACUGGGCAGAGAGCAAGGAGCCCUUGCACGUGGGGGGAAUGCCAGAAACAGCCAAGCUGGGCACUGCAUCGCCCUCGCCCCCAACUCCUCUCCCCCAUUACAUUGGCUGCAUAAGGAACCUCGUGAUAGACCAGCACCUCAUUGACCUGCCAGGCACCGCAACUGUCAGGGGCUCAGUCGGCCUCAGGGGCUGCCCCGUGCUGUAAGUACAGGUGCAGCCAAGUGCAACAUCUGAACUGCAAGGAGCUGUACUGCUCCCCAGGACGUGCUGGCUCUGUGGUGGGACCCAGCAGCCCCCAACAUCGUCCAGUACUAGCUGCCAGGCACACCCAAGUCCAGGAGCCAUGGAGCAAGCCUGCCACUAGAAAUCACGGGCCAAAACCACCAUUUUACUUAGGGACAUUUCAGGUAUCAGAACCUUGCAGACACCAGAAGCCAUUUAAAAAGGAUGGACGUGAGGACAUGGCGCUCAGCAUCAGACACAUCCCACUCCUGGCACCACAUGCCUCACUGCCUGGCCCAGUCACCGACCAGUGCCCAUCCGCUCACCCACCACCCGCUCUGGCCUUUGUACCUGGUUUGCUACAUAGUGCCAAGAGCUCCGAGGAGGAAAACUCAGCUCAUACUUCACAGACUGUCAAACAAACUCUUGCUUUGACUGUUUACGUUGAGGAGACGGGCCCCAUUGGUAAAACAGGGCCUGGGGUAAAGAUCUGCUGUAUGAAGUCAUGAGCUGCUGCUUGCAGGAAGCCUCACACGUUUGUAGCGUUUCAGUGAUGAACCUGGCUGUUUACCGUCUCUGUCACUCUCCUGCGGUGUCACCUCUACUUUAACUCCCACUGUAGUAGAGCAGCUUUCCCCCAGGCCAAGCCACCUAGUUCACUUGUGCACUUACACAUCCUAUAUAUAUUUGUGUGUAAAUAUCUAGUCACAUGGGGACAAAAUCUUGCUUCUGAAAUGGAUUUAUAACUUAUAUCAUUAUAUUGAUUUUUUUUAUGAGGGGUAAAUAUUGUAAAAUGGGUUUUUAACAAUGUCUUUAUCUUUAAGCAAAAUGUAAUUAUGACCUGUUUUUAACUGUAGCAUUAAAAGAUGGUCUUUGUAAAUCACUGGUACAUACUUUUGAGUCAAAUAAAACUUGAUGUUAUAUUCUCAUUGAAUAUAA